CGAAAAGAAUGCAGAUCACCAGUUAUUUGUGUAUAGGAAAGAAAAUACUCCGUGCAAAAUCGUUAAAAAUCCAUCCAAAUUACACAUUCUUCCUGCCGUGGAAUUGUAUAGAAAUCGAUCGCGACUUUGCAUGGUAAUAAUAUUAUGUCCUCAUAAUUUAAAAUGUUCACAAAGAAAAAACCACACGCGAAAUCAUUUAAAAAUGGAUUAAUUCACAAUCAUUAGAUCAGAUUCCAGCGACAUUAUCGUAAUAGAUUCCGAAGUUAAUAAUAAGACAUUCAAUUUAUGUUAUAACUUCAACACCUGCAUACUGUGUAUAAAACUUUUAUUUAACUGCGCUAGAAAUGAUAGUGCGUGCUUUACAAUCUAGUUUGAGACUUCAUGGUAAGAGAGGAUUUCAUAAAAGCACCUCUCUUUUAUAUUUCUAUGAGCCAGAAAAAUCAAACUAUCCAAUAAUAUAUGAUAACCUACAAAAAUCGCAAAAGUUGAGCCUCCUUGGAAAAUUCUGGGAAGCAUGUCGUAAUGUGAAGUAUGAGUUUUCAUUGCUUCAUCAAGAAAUACGGGACUAUUUUGCUGAUAAUACAGCUAUAAUAGUGCCUGACGCAGAAGAUAUUAUUUGGAAGUUCGAUGGAACUGAAAAGUGUCGCGAUCAGUGGAUUGUAACUUGUGACAGUGAUUAUAACGAGGGUUAUUCAAAAGCCAAGCUAGAUUUUACAGCUUAUGGUACUGGAUUAUUUCAUGGUUCUUUAUCUCCUCGUGUACCUAAGGAUGGCGUAAUUGGGAAGGCCGGAUAUUGCAAUGUAACUAGUACAAGAAAAAGAAAAUCUUUUUACCGCAAGAGUUUCUAUGACUGGUCCUGCUACAACACUUUAGUUUUAAGAAUCAGAGGGGAUGGUAGAUGUUACAUGUUAAAUGUUCUACAGAGGGGACACUAUGACAUGGGAUGGUAUCAUAGUUUCCAUUAUUUCAUAUAUACUACAGGUAGUCCUUAUUGGCAGCAUGUUAAAAUACCAUUUUCUAAAUUUGUCUUUGGAACAAAGGGAGUAAUACAAAAUGAUCAACGUCCUAUGCCAUUAGACUGGAUCACUGGAUUUGGAAUUACACUUGGUGAUAAAAAAGAAGGUCCCUUUAAGUUAGAAAUUGAUUAUAUUGCACUGUGCUAUGAUCCAACUGUGUUUGAAGAAUGUGCCUAUGAACUAUAUGAUGUAAGGAAACUAUAGUAGAUUUUUAGCUUAA